CUUCAUGUUUCUCGUUUGUGUUACCACCUUUUAACUACUACCUACUAGCGGCCGUCUGUCGCCCUCACUGGCCCUCGCCGUACCAUGUUCUCUCCUUUCUUCACGCACUAGCUCCUCACUAUAUCCAUCUCUACGACGAAAUAGAGGUCCAUCAAGUGCAUACAAUACCGACUGUCAUUUCUCACUCCAUACGAUCUGGCCUCGCGCGCCCGCGCGCAGAUCCGCCGCCAUGUCGAUCGUCAAGCAGAUAUGGACGCUCAUGAAGAAGAACUGGCGAUGCAACGUCCUGCGCCACCCCGUCGUCACCAUCUUCAUGGCCUUCCUUGUGCCCAUUGUCCUGUCCGCCUUCUUCAGUUUCGCCCGGAACCUCUUCGUGCCGCCUGCAACCUACGGCAUUGGUGAAGCCCGCCCCAUACGAACACUCUCCGAUGCCCUCUCGACAGGUGUGAACAGCGGCCGCGACAAAAUUGUGCUGGUGAACAACGGCUUGACGGGAGGUGACAUUGAUCGUGUGCUCGACAGACUCGAGACGCAGAUUGCCAACGCGCAUGAUGGCAUUCAGACGGUUCGCCUCGAGAACGAAAAGGAUAUCGCGGGCGAGUGUCGCAGCACCCUUCGCGGCGUCACCACUUGUUUCGACGCGGUGGUCAUGCGCGCCUCCCCCGACGAAGGAGAAGGUGGCUUCUGGAACUAUACUAUCCGCUCGGACGCUGCCUUUGCACGGAGCGCCCUUGAAAUCGAGGCCGAUUCUGGUGGCAACCCGCAGCAAAUCUACCUGCUCCCCAUGCAGCGCGCCGUCGACACGCUUAUUGCCCAGCUUGACAACUCUGAUGCCGAGCCAUUGGCGGACACUCGUGAGCUGCCCUUCACAAGUCUGACAUCGGAGGAGCGCGACGAUGAGAUCCGCCGGUUAUACGCGCGCGCCGUCAUCAACUUUAUGGGAGUUGUUUUCAUCGCGGCUACCAUCUGGGUCACGUACCAUCUGACGGGCUUCGUCGCUACCGAGCGCGAAAGCGGCAUGUCACAGCUCAUCGACGCCAUGAUGCCCGUCCGCAAGCAAUGGAUGGCCCUGGCGGCGCGCAUCGUCGCGCAUCAUCUUUCCUUUGCGAUUGUGUACGCGCCAGCGUGGAUCAUUGUCGCGCCCAUCGUCCGCUCGGGCGUCUUUGCCCACACCAGUGUCGGCGUGGUCAUCAUCUUCGUCCUUCUGUCUGGUCUGGCCAUGACGUCCAUGUCCAUCCUCUACGCAUCCUUCUUCAAGCGCGCCCAGCUCAGUGGCAUCACCGCCAUCCUGGCCAGUCUGCUUCUGGGCAUCCUCGCGCAGUCCAUCACUCAACCUAGCACGGUCAUCGUCGCGGUCUUGUCGGUGCUCUUCACCCCUUGCGCCUUUGUGUACUUUGUGACACUGAUGGCUCGCUUCGAGAGAGAGCAGACGGCCACCAGUCUCACUGCAAUUCCCGACCAGACACCAUGGGAACUCCCAGGCAUCUUCUUCUGGGUCAUGCUCAUCAUCCAGAUCUUUGCGUAUCCCGCCAUUGGCGCUAUCAUUGAACGCUCGCUUUACGGAACGACGACAAAGGGCCGCCAGUUCCAGUACCCAAACUCCGGCACCGACACUCUGGGUGAUAACGCCGUUCGUCUUGAAGGAUUUUCCAAAGUGUACAAGCCCGGCUUCUUCUCCAAGCUAUUUGCGUCCAAGUCCAAGCCUGCCAACCCCGUCGUUGCUGUCAACGAUCUCACUUUCAACGCUGGAAGGGGCCAGAUUGUUGCCCUUCUAGGUGCCAAUGGUAGCGGGAAGAGCACCACGCUCGAUGCCAUUGCUGGCUUGAACAAGUUGACUGAAGGCGCUAUUACCAUUGAUGGCACAGGUGGCCUGGGCAUUGCACCGCAGAAGAACGUGCUAUGGGACGAUCUCACUGUGGAAGAGCAUAUCCGCAUCUUCAACCGUCUCAAGAGCCCUAACGCGGUAGCCAGUCGGGAUGAAAACCUCGAACUUAUUGAAGCCGUUGACCUGACAAAGAAGAAGAAGGCCUACUCCAAGACUCUCUCUGGCGGACAAAAACGCAAGCUGCAACUAGGCAUGAUGUUGACGGGCGGCAGCGCUGUUUGUUGUGUUGACGAAGUCAGCAGUGGUAUUGACCCCCUGUCGCGGCGUAAGCUGUGGGAUAUCCUCUUGGCUGAGCGCGGCCGACGCACCAUGAUCUUGACCACCCAUUUCCUUGACGAAGCGGAUCUCUUGGCGGACCACAUCGCCAUCCUUUCCAAGGGGAGCUUGAAGGCCGAGGGAUCAUCCGUCGAACUCAAAGACCGGCUAGGCGGAGGGUACCGCGUCAUGGUCCAGAGGUCUCCCGAGCUGAAGGAUACGCCUGAUGUCGAAGGCGUCCGCAAGAAGAUAUCGCUCGACCUCAUCACCUACAUCUCUCCUUCAUCAGCCUUGUCCGCCAAGGUGAUCAAGGAGCUCGAGGCGGCCGGCAUUCCUGAUUACCGCUUUUCAGGCCCCACCAUCGAAGACGUCUUCUUGCAGCUUGCCGAGGAAAUCCGCGAUGAGGAAGCCUUCCGGUCUACGGACCGUGGCAUCGAGUUCAAUGAGAAGAACUCGGAUGACGACCUCGCAACAGAUUCGCCAACAGGUCUCAAGCUCACGGAUGGCCAACGUGUGGGCUACGUCAAGCAGACCAUGAUUCUCUUCAUGAAGCGCUUCACCAUCCUCAAGCGAAACUACUUGCCCUACAUCAUCGCCUUCCUGCUGCCUAUCAUCGCCGCCGGCCUGACAUCUCUGUUCAUCAAGAACCAGAACCCCCCUGGCUGCUCGCCGGCGGACCAGGCGUCUGACGAGGGCACGCAGGAUGCCUUUAGUCAAAGUCGGGAGGAAGACGAAGCAGGGCCGUCGUUCCUCAUCGGCCCCACUGCCCAGCUCUCUCUCGAUACGAUUCAGCGCCUGAUCUCUCCUCUGUUCAACAGCUCUGGCAACAGCGGUACUAGUAGUAUGGGGAACAGCGCCUUGAGCAACGUGCAGACAGCCGAUACCUACGAUGAUUUUAUGAACUACAUCGAGGCCAAUCGCAAGACUACCAGCACUGGUCUGUGGCUGGGCGACGACAACACGGCUCCUACAAUCGCUUGGGUGGCCAACCUCUACGUCACGAGCCCGAUCCUCGCGCAGCAGUUCCUGGAUAUCAUCUUGACCAACACCACUAUCCAGACGACAUGGUCCCCCUUUGACGUACCGUUCAGCCCGCAGACAGGCGACUCGCUCAAUCUUGUCGUCUACAUGGGCCUCGCUCUAUCAUGCUACCCUGCCUUCUUCGCCCUCUACCCCAGCAACGAGCGUCGUCGCUUCGUCCGCGGUCUCGAAUACUCGAACGGCGUCAGGCCUCUCCCUCUCUGGAUCGCCUAUCUCCUCUUUGACUUCAUGUUCGCCCUAGUCAGCGCUGCCGUGGUCACCGCUAUCUGGGCUGGCGUCUCCAAUGUCUGGUAUCACGUCGAGUAUGUCUUUGUCGUCUUCUUCCUCUACGGACUGGCUUCGAUCCUCCUGGCGUACAACGUCUCCCUUUUCACAAAGACACAGCUCGGUACCUAUGCGUGGUCCGCCUGCAUCCAGCUCAUCGGCUUCCUCGCCUAUCUCGUCUCCUACAUGUGCAUCACGACAUAUGUGCCCGUGCAGAACAUUGACAAGAGCAUCCUCAUCGCCCACUUUGUCAUUUCAGCCGUGGUGCCCGUCGGCUCAGCCACGCGUGCACUCUUCUUGGCUGUCAAUCUGUUUUCCACAGCGUGUGACGGAAACAACAUCUCCUCGGACCCUGGUGGUAUCUUGUACUAUGGCUCGCCUAUCCUCUACCUUAUUGUACAGUGCUUCCUACUCUUUGGUCUUCUCCUGUGGCUCGAUUCAGGAUCCUCGGGGUCCUCCAUCCGUCGUCUCUUCCACAAGGACAGUGUCGUCGCUUCAUCAGAGGGCUCGGACGAGGAAGUCAACAAUGAGCUCACGCGCGUCACAUCCUCUGGUGUCGAUGAGAACGGUCUUCGUGUCAUGCACCUCACAAAGGCCUUUAAGAAGAAUAUCGCCGUCGACAAUGUCACCUUUGGUAUCAAGCGCGGUGAAGUCUUCGCUCUGCUCGGUCCCAACGGCGCUGGCAAGUCGACUACGAUCUCGUUGAUCCGUGGUGACAUCAAGCCCUCCCGCAACGGCGGCGACGUCUUUGUCGAGAACGAGUCUGUUGCUAAUGCCCUGCCUGCGGCUCGUCGCAAUCUCGGCGUGUGUCCCCAGAUCGAUGCCAUGGACCACAUGACCGUACGAGAGCACCUGCAAUUCUACGCCAAGGUCAGGGGCAUCCCCAACGUCGACGCCCAGGUCGCCGCUGUCCUCCAAGCAGUCGGUCUCGAGGCUUUCAGCACUCGCAUGGCCCAUGCGCUAUCCGGCGGCAACAAGCGCAAGCUGUCCCUUGGUAUUGCUCUCAUGGGCAACCCCACCGUCGUCCUUCUCGACGAGCCCUCGUCCGGUCUCGACGCCGCGUCCAAGCGUAUCAUGUGGAAGACGCUCGCUGCCACCGUGCCUGGGCGGUCCAUCCUUCUGACCACACAUUCCAUGGAGGAGGCCGACGCGCUCGCGGGCCGUGCCGGCAUCAUGGCCCGCAGGAUGCUCGCCAUGGGCACACCAGACGAUCUGCGCCAUCGCUUCGGCGACGCCCUGCAUAUCCACCUCGUGCACCAGUCGGCUCCGCGCACGACGUCUGCGGAGAUGGACAAGGUCAUUGCGUGGAUCAGGGAGACCUUUCCCCAGGCGGAUGUCGAGGAGAAGACGUACCACGGGCAACUCCGCUUUUCAAUUCGUGCCAACGACGUCCUCGCUUCGACCUCGGGACGCACGGCCGCCGAGAUUGCCAAGCACGACCACAUUGAUCUCAGCAACAGUGCCAUCGGGCAUCUCGUUGUGCUGUUGGAGGAGAACAAGGCCAUGCUGGGUAUCGGUCAUUACAGCGUCAGCCCCACGACCUUGGACCAGGUCUUCUUGUCGAUUGUUGGACAGCACAAUGUCAAGGAGGAGGGCUAUCAUGACGAGCCCAAGAAGUCAUUCUGGAAGAAAACCAUGCGGAGAAAGUAAAUGUUUGGACUGUCUUUGAAUCAUAUUCCCCCUCUGUCGCUGAUCUUC